AUGCCAUUGUCUUUAUGGUACAGUAAGCAGCAGUACAUUGCAGAUCAUUUAACCUGCCUGUCUGUUGUGCAGAUUGACGCUUACUUUGAAGAAGACCUGAUGCGGAGCUUGGACAUCUACAGACAGUCCAGCUCAGAAAACAACACAGACAUCAAAAAGGACUUUGAUACCGUCCAGCACUUGUUUAGGUGCUGUGGAGUUCAUGGUGAAGCAGACUGGAAGGGCGACACUCCAAUAUCUUGUUGUACCGAGGACCCCUGUAACACCCUCAACCCUCCCAACUGGCCAGAGGGUUGUCUUGUGAAACUGAGGGACUGGUUUGCCAGUAACUAUGUGAGCACGGGCGCAGGUGUUGUCACCCUGUUUAUCAUACAG